CGUUUAAACUGCGCUCCAUUUAAAUUGUUCAAGUUUGUUUUCGUUGAAUUCGCAUUACAAUACCAUAUAUUUCACAUAAAUUUAAUACAUCUUGAGAUGGAGAAACAAAACUGUGUUGCUAAAAUUCAAUGUGUGAAAACAGGACGUCCAAACAUGGUUAACCUAUUAAUACAAGAGAAUGAAAAUUUGAAUGUAGAGUUAAAAGCUGUAGAAGAGUCAUUAAUUAAAUGGCUUCAUCGACCGUAUCAAGUUAAUCAACACAAUUCAGAUUUAGAAAUACUAUUAGAGAAAAUAGUUAAAGAAAUCGCUCCUAAUGAAAGCAAACUAAAAUUAUUUAAAGAAGAGAUUAUUAAUAAACAAAAUUACUUGAAUCAACAUGAAAUGGAGAAUUCACAAAGACUACACGAACAAUGGUUUGCAUAA